UUAAUGGUACACCACCGGUCCCAUGGUGCCUCCUUAAGUCACAAAUGCCGGCCAUUUAUCCCCCCAGUGAGAUUAUAACGCUUCAGCCCUGACCGCUGACCACUGACCCGUCUUCUCCUCUCUCAUCUCUGCCCCCAUCUCUUGUCUUCUUCCUCCAGCCAUGCCCCCACCCAAAUAGUUCGCCCCCUGAAAGAACAAAAACAUCUCCUUUCAUCUCUCUCUCUCUCGAAUCCCUUCCUUACUCUCCUCCUCUUUAGCUUCCUCUCCAAUCCCAAAGUGUGAAUGCCAGACCCUCUUGGGCUCCACAUGGAGCCCAUCACAGCCUUACUUUUUCCGGACAGCAAUCACUGAGACCCUUCUUUUCUAUCACGUCACCUUUGUUCAAAAACAGAUCCCGCUCUCUCUUCGUCCCCCUCGUUGGCUUAUCUUCCGUCCACAUUCCAUUCCCUCCUCUUCAAAAAAUUCAUUCUUUGACAUCAGGGAAUGCUGAUUCGUUGAAACGAGUGAGAAAAAUCAUUUCUUUCUUCUUUUGCGGCCGUUUGCUGAAAUGAGAGUUGCCGCUCCCCCUCCGUUUGAGCUGGGCUCCGGUCGCCGUGAAGCUUCCGGCUGCAUCACCGGGGUUCUGCAACGGAUUCUCUGCAGGAAUUUGCGAGAAAGGAGGUUUGCUGAUGAAGAAGAACAAGUCGUUGGGUUAAGAAAGGAGGAGAGAGGGAAAUCUGAGGCCGGUGCGCCGGCGAGCUCUAGCCCGGGAGUGGUGGCGCGGUUGAUGGGGCUUGAAUCUUUGCCGGCCUUCCCUUAUUCUCAACCUGAGGCCAUAUCCAGAACCCGGUCUGCUAACUCUGCAGAGCCAUGGAAGGGUUCCGGGAUUCUCGGCGAGCAGAAGUGCGGCAUUGCUGGUUCAGAGCUCCGGAAAUCACAGUCUUUCAGGGAGGUUCGCUCGUACUUGAGGAAGGAGAGCGAGGAGUUUCUGGUUUUGAGUUUUGGCGAUUAUGACGAGUGCGAAGCUUCGGAGCUGAAUGAUAAAAAGAGGGAUUUUUGUUCUGAACAGUGUACUACGAAGGUGAACAGAGCGGAGAAGAAGAAGUCAAGAAAUAAGAGUUUCGUCAAUUCCGCAGAGAUUGUUCUGAAUGAUUUGAAGAGCUCUGUUCCUCCAUUUGUAGAUCACAUUUCUAUUUCUGAAACUGAAAUUGCUGAAAGAAGCUCGUCUUGUAGAAAGAAGAUAUCUUUUGGUCAGAGGGAACUGGAAACGGAUUGCGGCUCUCAGAAUUCCAGUCCUGUUUCAGUUUUGGAUCUUCCUCUCGUUGCAGAUGGCGAUUGUAUCACCAGCCCGGAUUCCUCCAUUACUGUUUGUAAAGUUUCCAUGGUGUCCGAGGAAGAGGACUCAAGGAAGAAGGUUUUGUUGGAGGUUGAAGAUGAUUGCAGGAAAGCAGGGAGGUGUGGCUUAGCAGCACAAGAUUUGCCGGACAUUUGGGCGCUCAUUUGCAGUCUGGCAGGGGAUGAUCUGAACAAUUCAAAGUGGGCUCAAGCGAACAUUGUCAAAUCUGAAGAAGCUGAGGAGAUUGGGUUUGUGGUUUGGCAGCACAUGUUGGAGAUUCUUCUGAACGAAGCCAUAUUUGAAAUGUUUUAUGAGUGCAGAACUGUAUAUUGA